AUGGCAUUCGUACGAGCUGGCUCGAUCGAUCGGUUUCUGGCUGCUGGAGCCGAGGGAAGGAGCGCUGGAGCGGCUGAGAGCGGAGGGCAUGAGUCGUGGAGACGGUCUCUGCCGAAUUUCCGUUCCAAACCAGUGCGUUUGAGCGGAGAGGUGGAAAGCGAAAAGGACAGAGAGUGGGUUGUGGAUGGACAGCACGGUGAUGGGACAAUUGCAGCCAAAGCGCUUGAUUUUGCUGUAAUUAAAUACAGAAACCAAAAGCUUUCAGAACAGCUAGAAGUCCAUAAGUCUGAGUACCAUGCCCUCGAGGGUAAAUUUGAUGAUCUCAAACAGAAACAGAAGUCUCACCAUGAGAUCCAAGAUCUUGUUAACAAGUCAUGGCAGCAUCUUGUGAGAGAUUUGAAGGCUAUCUCUGUUUGCAAAAGUGGAUCCCAAAAUUCUUCCUGCAGUGCAGUUCCUAGCAACGAGUCUACGGAUGGUGCAUGCAUCCGGAAAGACAAGGACUUCCUUAGCAGGCUCGUUGAGACAGGUGCCACAGAAAGUUCUGGUUGCCAUUUGGAAAACCACGUACACUCGUCAACUACUGAUGUGCUGCAGAAUAUCUUGUUCUCAUCAAACGAUUCAUGGCAUGCAAACGAGAAGUUACCGUUAGAUCACUUUACUGCAUUACCCGAAGAUGAGCGCAUUAAGGAACUGCGAAGUACUGCUAGUGAGAUAUCACUAGAGCUUAAUGAUGCUGUACGAGCACUUGGUGAUCUCCACUUGAAGCACAGACAGCUGACAGAGAAGCACCAUGAAGAGAGAUAUUUAAAUGCUCGAAGCAAAGCUGAACAGAAACGCCUUAAAGUGGAGUUGGCAAGUGCUGCUGCUGAGUUGGAAGAAAGCAACCACAAAUUGGCAGUUCUCAAAGCACAGGGAGACACGACACAUGGAACUCCAAUCUUAUUUCCAACUUUAGGAAAUAAAAGCUUCCCUCAGGAUAAUGUCAGAGACAAACAAAAGGAAUUGCAGGAUCUAGGGGCUUCUCACAAGGAGUUUACGGGUCUGAUUUCACAACGCCUGGCGGAAAUAAGGAGACUUCAUGAAGAGAGAAUUGAAAUUUUGAACAAGUUGGCUACUUUUCAGGUUAAUAAGGAUAAAUUGAUAUGGCAAGAAAGGGAAAUUAAUGUAAAAGUUGAUCUGUCUGGAAUUCCUCAUAGGGUAUCUCUCAAUUGCGAGUCAACCCUUGCAGUUUUAGAUCAGAAUCUGCGGAAAGUAGUUGAUGAAAAGAAUAUGCUUGCACUGAAACUUGAAGAAUCUUCGAGAGAACCUGGUCGGAACCAAACCAUAUCAGAAUUUAAAGCGCUGGUGUCAUCACUGCCAGAAGAAAUGGGCGCUAUGCAAACUGAACUAUCUAAGUACAAGGAUGAUGCUUCAGAAUUGCAUUCUUUACGAGCUGAAGUUCGCUCCAUUUCUGAUAUUCUGGCUAGAAAUGAGCAUGCCAUCAACGAAUCAUUAUGUAAAUCCACUCGUGCUGGACCUGAAGCAAGGGAUCUACGGUCCAGGGUUCGUGAACUAAGGCAAACGAAUUGCGAGUUAAAGCUCUUUGUGGAAAUGUAUAAGCGCGAAUCUACUGAUUCAAGAGAUGUGCUGGAGUCGAAAGAUAGAGAAUACUGUGAAUGGGCUCGUGCCCAUAGCCUCAAAUCUUCUCUUGAUGAUAGUAGGCUAGAACAGCGUGUUAAGGCAGCCAUCGAAGCUGAAGCAACGUCUCAGCAGAGACUAGCAAGUGGUGAAGCUCAGAUUGCUGAAUUAAGGGGGAAGAUGGAGAGUGCCAGAAGAGAUAUUGGUAGUUUAUCUGAAUUAUUGAAAUCAAAGCAUGAAGAAGGUGAAGCGUACCUGUCAGAGAUUGAGAGUAUUGGGCAAGCAUAUGAAGAUAUACAAACACAAAAUCAACAAUUGCUACAGCAAAUUAUCGAGAGAGAUGACCACAAUACAAAGGAAGGCAUGGACGAGGCAUCCAAGACAGCACUACCGUGCAUGGAGGAAACUGACUGGGAGUGCUUUGCUUCUGUUCCUAAGAUGAGGCAAGCACUUGUGUUGCGCAAUGCAGCAGUUUUUGAUUCCAUGCACGCCCAAGGUGACCAGAUUGGUAUCCUCAAAAUCUUUAUGGAAGGCGUUAAGGUGAAACAGGCACAGGAUACUUUGCAUUUAGAGUUAUGCAAUCUGAACAGGAAUUUACGGCAGGCAAAGGGUUUGAUGGAUCUGUACAAAGAUAAAAUCGCCCAGUUAGACGACAAGUUAAAAGUUUGGUCAGAGCAGACAGCGAGACUUUCGGAGGAUGGACGGCGACAUUCUGUUUCUUCAGGCAAUGCUCAAAGAAAGCUGGCGGAUGUAUUGGGAGAGGCUCAACAAUUGAGACAGUCCAUGGAUCAAGUACAAUCCAAUGUUGGGAGGAGUCGACUAGGAGUUGCUGGGCUUCUUGUAGAACUAGAGAAGGAUAGGUUUAGUAAGAGGAGAACUGAGGACGAUUUGGAAUCGUUAUCAAGGAAAGCUAGUUCUCUUAGAGCAAAGACAGAGGGAUCGUCGGUGUUGGAAAAGGUUCAUCAGGAGGUGAAUGAGUACAGGGGAAUAUUGAAAUGUGGUGUCUGUCGCGACCGACAGAAAGAGAGGGAAUACCAAGAAUUGACAAGGAUCCAGAAAACACUCUGGUUGUGUGCAAGAGGAGAGGGCAUCGAUGUUGGUACAUUCGUAGUGUGGAGACAGAUUCCCAACAGUGCUUAA